GCCGGCACUUCCGGCCGGCGAACGUGACGUCAGAAGCUGAGCGACGGCGGAGGGAGAGGCGGUGUAGAGCGCGCGAGAGCAGAACUGGGGAGCGAGCCCCGCCCCUCUCGGCGCCAUGGAAACGGCGCGCGGCGGCUUUGCAUCAGAUCCAUAAGGACAGGCACUGACUCUGAUCUGAGUGACUAAGCUGUGACCAGAGCCUUUCCCUGAGGAGUCUUGGCACGAAGAUGAGUACCGUCAACUCACAGGAUGACGAUGAUACCUUUAAAAUACUUAUUGCUACUGAUAUUCAUCUUGGCUAUUUGGAGAAGGAUCCAGUGCGUGGAAAUGACACGUUUGUAACUUUUGAUGAAAUCCUAGACCACGCUCAAAAGAAUGAGGUGGACUUUGUUUUAUUAGGUGGGGACCUUUUUCAUGAGAACAAACCUUCCAGAAAAACAGUACACUCUUGUUUGGAGUCACUAAGAAAAUACUGCAUGGGUGAUCGUCCUGUUCAGUUUGAAAUUUUGAGUGAUCAGGCAGUUAACUUCCAUUAUAGCAAGUUUCCCUGGGUGAAUUAUCAGGAUAGAAAUCUCAACAUUUCUAUUCCAAUUUUUAGUGUACAUGGCAAUCAUGAUGAUCCCACGGGGGCAGAUGCACUGUGUGCAUUGGAUAUUUUAAGUUGUGCAGGAUUGUUGAAUCACUUUGGACGUUCAGCUUCUGUGGAGAAAAUAGAUAUUAGUCCCAUUUUAUUGCGUAAGGGUAGAACGAAAAUUGCUCUAUAUGGCUUGGGAGCUAUUCCAGAUGAGAGAUUAUAUCGUAUGUUUGUCAAUAAACAAGUAACCAUGCUCAGACCAAAGGAAGAUGAGGAUAGUUGGUUUAACUUGUUUGUGAUUCAUCAAAAUAGGAGCAAACAUGGAGCUACCAACUACAUUCCAGAGCAGUUUUUAGAUGACUUUAUUAAUCUUGUUGUGUGGGGUCAUGAACAUGAGUGCAAAAUAGCUCCAUCUCAAAAUGAACAGCAGCGUUUCUAUGUUUCUCAGCCAGGAAGUUCAGUGGUGACAUCUCUGUCCCCUGGAGAAGCUGUGAAGAAACACAUCGGUCUGCUACAUGUUAAAGGGAAAAAAAUGAAAAUGCAGAAGAUUGCUCUAGAGACAGUGCGACCUUUCCACAUGGAGGAUAUUGUUCUAGCUGAUCAUCCAGAUCUUUUUAAUCCUGACAAUCCUAAAGUAACUCAGGCAAUACAAGCAUUCUGCAUGGAAAAGGUUGAGUUGAUGCUGGACAAUGCAGAGAGGGAACGCUUGGGAAACCCGCGCCAGCCACAGAAGCCUCUCAUAAGACUACGAGUUGAUUAUACAGGUGGUUUCGAACCAUUCAGUGUUCAUCGUUUUAGCCAGAAGUACGUGGAUAGGGUGGCUAACCCAAAAGACAUUAUACACUUUUUCAGGCAUCGUGAACAAAAAGAGAAAAAUGACAGUGAUCUUAAUUUUGGAAAACUGGUUAGCAGACCUUCUGAGGGGACAACACUGAGAGUGGAAGACCUUGUAAAGCAAUAUUUUCAGACAGCAGAGAAGAAAGUACAGCUUUCACUUCUAACUGAAAGAGGAAUGGGAGAAGCAGUGCAGGAGUUCGUGGACAAAGAAGAAAAAGAUGCCAUAGAAGAGUUGCUGAAAUUUCAGCUAGAAAAAACACAGAGGUUUCUUAAGGAGCGUCGCACUGAUGCAGAGGAAGGAAAAAUAGAUGAGGAGGUGCGAAAAUUCAGGGAGAGUAGAAAAAAGAAUACUGAAGAAGAAGAUGAGGAAGUUCGCGAGGCAAUGACCAGGGCCAGAGCCAACAGAUCUGAGGAUGCGGUUCUUGUUGCAGCCUCCAGUGAUGAAGAGCUCAUGGAUACGGGGAUGAAAGGCUCUGGAGAUUCAGAUGAUGGCCUUCCUGCAACACUGACCCGAGGAAGGGGUCGGGCAAGAGGUAGGGCAAGAGGUGCAAGAGGACAAAAUUCAACAGCAAGAGGUUCAUCUCGAAGGGGAAGAGGAAGCACUAGCCAAGAGUCGGCUACUAGCAGCAGAACCUACAAGCCUGUAUCUGCACCUGCCAAGAAUAGGUCUAUCAUGGAUGUCUUUAGGUCUUCAAGACGUGAGCCCUCCUUGAAUUCAUCUAAAUCUUACUCUGAGGAUAUUAUAGAUGAUGACUCUGAUCUAGAAGACAUUUCUAUUGUUCCUUCUUACAAAGCAAAUCAAAGGAUGUCAACUACGUCUUCACUUAAUAAAAGAGGUUCACAAAGCCAAACAUCUAGAGGAGUUGAUUUUGAGUCAGAUCAGGAUGAAUUUGAUCCAUUCCAAAGCACAGCAGCAUCAAGAAGAACAAAGUGAUUUCUGGCUCGAUAUAUGAGAGAUAAACAGGAAAGUUAGUGAAGAAAAUGGGAAGCAAUUUGCAAGGCUUUCUCUAUGACAUUUCUCUGUAAAUGAUGACUUGCUUUCAAUUUUCACUUCUGCGAAAUCUUUUGGGUUUGGUUUUUUCCUCAGUGGCACCAAAUUUGGUUUGGGUGUUGCAUUGCUUGAAUGCAUUAGGCUGGAGUAUCUAAUAUUCUAAAGUACUACCUGAAACUGCAUGUUCUCUCUGAAACUUAUAAAAGCCCGUUUUUUUCUGGGAUGAUAAUGUAAAUAACAUUUCUUUUUUUAUAAAAAAAUCCAUCUCUUGUGCUUGAAUUUUGCAGAGGAGUAGAUUUGUAGUAGUAUGCAAGUGUGGAUACAGACAUGGACUCGGUCAACAUAAUGCAACUUGUGAUUAUUUGCAAUUUUCUAUGGAUACAGUUAAACUCUGAGUGGUACUAGUUUGACCCAAAAAUACAAUUUUCAGUAUUGAAGCUAGAAGGUGUUCUAAUACUUUAAACUCAACUAGGAGAACUAAACCCACUCUUGCGUUGUUAUUAAAUGCUAUAGUAAAUGGGAUUGAAUUUUGCUCUGUAAUUCAGUAAGUGCCAAAGACCUCAGACAGAGUUGCAGCGUCAGCUUUUACCCUGCAAAUGAGAUGUAAGGGCUAGAACCUUACAGCUUCACCAGGAAUGCUGCUGGCAGAGUAAAGCAAUUGAGCCAGUAACAGAAAGGACAUUUGCCUCUUUUCCUUAGUUGACAUUUUCCAAGUAUCCGUUUCCUCAGCCUGCUGCUUCGGUAAAACUCCUAAAAUGUCAUUGCUAUUUUCCAAAUAUUCUCCGAAUGAGGCUUUUAAAAUAAAAUAUUGUAUUCCCAGUGGGGGAACCACUCCUCCUGUUGAAGAAGCCAAGAUAUAAACCAAUUCUUCCUUCCCCCUUUCUGCCUCUGUUUACCCCACUCCCCCAAAAGUGCUGUUCUGAAGCAUUGGAGCUAAUCAACGCCGGAAGAGACCAUCAGCAAACUACACGUCAAUGUGUUGGGUAGCUGCAGCUGUGCUCUUGCAUUUUCACUUUCUCCUCCAGAGAAGUGGGAUUGGGCAGUUUUGUUUUCUGGCUCUGGUUGAAUGUGACUGUUGUUACUUUGCCUGCAUAAUAUGCUGUAGCAGGGAACCCAAAUAACCCUGGAGCUUCCUGAAGAUUUCCAUAAAAAUUAUAAAGACCUGCAAAUAUCUGGUGUGGAGCUUAGAAACAACUUACAAAGCGGCACCAUCGCCUAAGAUAUAAGCAAAUAGUUUCAUAGUCUGGCUCUUUCAUUUUAAGGGCUGUCAAAGUUAUAAAA